AAAGAAAAAACAACACGAAUCACAAAAAUAUCAACAAAGCAAAAGUAUGUUGGUUAUUUUCUAGCAAAAAGAACCUUUCUAGUGUAAAGCUUUUGAAAUCAUUGAAAUGUCGAAAGAGCUCUGUGGUAGCAAUCCGUCGCUUCGUUCGAAAAUUUUCAACAGACUUCCAAAAAAAUUUGGACCAGAUGUUUCGGCGAAUGGUAUAAUUGAAAGCGCUAUAUCAACUGUUGAUCCUAGACACGAUGGUCCAGAUUCCGACAGCUCCAGUAGUGUAGAUGACCAUUUGGUCAGCCUGGAGAACAUCGAUUUGGAUUCGCAAUUUUUUAGUCAACAGUAUCCACAGCCAGCAGUUGGAAAAGAUCAAAACAUCAAACCGGAAGUAGUAUCGAGUGAGGACGAAUCGGAUUUUGAUGAAGAAGAAAAUGAUCGGGUGAAUCUAAUGUUGACUCAAUUAGCUACAUUUGGACAGUCGAAGCAGCUCUUAGCAGGAACGAAUAUAAGCGAGAAAAAGGUUGAAGACCGAUGCGACGCAGAAAGAGAUGAGGAUAUUCAGCGGGUUAUUUGUAAAACUGAAGGCAUCGAAGAUGAAAACAUGGAAAGCACUUGUAGUAAGAAGGAAGCAUCCGAUGAUGAAUGGGAGCAGAUAGGAGUUUACGAGCCGCAUAAUGUAGAUAUAAUUGUUAGUCAACCACCAAACAAAAACGGAAAGGUUUUUGAUGUAGAAGCGCAAUUGAAGCGAUUGCUUCAAAGUGAGCAAAGGGAGAAGCGUUCACAGGUACACUGUGUUUCCUUACUUUGUUUGAUCGGUCGAGGGUUUCAUCUCAAUAAGCUUAUCAGUCGUCUGAUAUCAAAUAACAGCAUGGAAAUUCUUAAAAUUCUCGAAAAAAUGGUAAUGGUCGAUUUAGAUUCAAUCAAUGUAUUAUGUCUCAAGACAAUCUGUGAUAUAUUUAAAAAAGUAAUAACCGAUAAUCACGCAAAUGUUCUAAAUUGGAAACCAGUGAAUUUUGAUAGGAACAUGAAAAAUUCAGAAGAGUGGCUGGUUAUUUUAUUUGUUGCUAUAAUGCGUUUUAUUUCAAUUGAAACUCGAUUGGUUAUGCAUUUGAAUGUGCCCUCGAAGAAUAUUGUCCCACAAAAAUCAAAAAUCAAACCCUCUGUGAAUGGUAGUAGAAAAAGAAACAUGAAGUCUAGCUUCCAGGAAAGGUAUCCGAAUGUGCCUCUCACAACUACGGAAAUUCUAAAAAGAAAGCCUGAGUUUAUCCAUUUUUCUCGAAUACCACAAAUGGACGGUAAUGCCGAUGUAAUUCCUGAUAAGAGAACCCGUCUCGACCACGGCACUAACGAAUCAAAGCCAAAGCUAUGGAAACUAAGAUUGAAGAAGCCUAAGUAUGGUUUGAGUUCUAUCAAAUUAUGUCCACCACAGACAAAUCGGGAGACAACAUCAUCAUUUUUCAAUCGACGGGUGGACGUAUCGAACAAAAAAACGACACAUAAGAAGAAUACGAGAGACAAUACCAAAUUGAAAGUUUCAUUGAACAUAAUCUCAGGCUGGGUGGAAAUUUUUGUACCAAUCGAAAAACGCUGGGUAACGGUUGACGUUGUAUCCGGAAAGGUCGAUUGUCUCGAAGAUCUUAUAGCAUCUCUUGAACACCCUAUAGUUUACGUAUUUGCCUGGGGUAAUGAUAACUCACUGAAAGAUGUAACACCUCGAUACUGGUGGCGGAACGAGAUGGCAUCAAGAAAAUUGAGAGUGGAUAAGAAAUGGUUACAAUCAGUGACUCAUCAUUUCGGCAAACGACGUAAGACAAUCCAAGAUUUGAUAGAAGAGCUACAGUUUAAGCAACUGCGGUAUCAAGCUCCUGUCCCUGAGAAAUACUCGGAUUUCAAAAACCAUCCGUCGUACUGUUUGGCGCGAGAUCUGCUGAAGUUCCAGGGCAUAUAUCCACCGGACAUCCCACCAUUGGGUUUCUUCCGUAGCGAGCCAAUUUACGCCCGCGAUUGUGUCCGCACUCUUCAUUCACGCGAAGUAUGGUUGCGGCAUGCGAAAGUUAUACGAAUGCAUGAGCAACCUUAUAAGGUAGUUAUGUCGAAGCUAAAGCGCGAGAAGACUCAACUAGAAUUGUUCGGUUACUGGCAAACGGAAGAUUAUAUUCCACCGGAACCGAUAGAUGGGCGUGUGCCGCGAAAUGCUUAUGGGAAUAUCGAAAUAUUCAAGGACUGCAUGCUGCCUAAAGGGACGGUACAUCUCAAGCAAAUAAAUAUAUCGCGUAUAUGCCGGAGGUUAAAAGUGGAUUACGCACCAGCAGUUGUGGGAUUCGGCUUGCAUGCUGGGGGUAAUCAUCCGGUUUUUGAAGGGAUUGUCAUCUGCAAGCAGUUUGAACAACAGGUAUUGGAAGAGUACGAGCGUGAUCAGGUUGAACAAGAAAGGAGGAAACUUGAGAAAAGAGAAAAAGUAAUCUAUGAUAGGUGGGCAAAAUUGAUCAAAGGAUUGUUAAUAAGAAACAGAUUGAGAAACAAAUAUAAUUUUGGAAACUAUUGAAGUGAAAUAUACAAACAUAUUAGCAACAUCUAAUUUAUAACGCAAAAAUCUGUGAUAUAGCACAAACAAUAACAUACAAAUAUUAAAAUAUAAUAAAGAAAGCUAUCAAAGCUCACGAAUUAUCGAAAUUGUACUUGUUUUGCAGCUUUCGGCGUAUCAGUAGUCCUUUAAUUAGACGCUUCCAAUUACCGUAAACUCGUUUCUCAUGCUUCUCUUGUUCUCUGCGUUCCUCUUCCUCCAUUU